UCAUGGGGCCCCCGGGCAAUAGGGGAUCAUGGGGCCCCUGUGUCCUUGCCCAAACUCAAAAAAAGCCUAUGAAAAAGGUACCAGGGGGCAUCUCAUGGGGCCCCCUACUGACCCCGGGCCCUCGGGCAGUGCCCGAGUUUCCAAAUGGUCAGUCCGCCCCUGGUCCAGACUGGAAGGGGAACUAUAGGACAGUUUCCCCUCAUCAAAUCUCCAUAAGAUGGGAGGUAGUCCACAGAGAGAACUGGGAACAAUAGGGCGUUACCUCUAUAUCACCAGAGGGGUCACCAGCAGGAGGAAGGAGGUCCUGAUUCCUCUAUAUAGAUCUUUAUAUCACUAGAGGGGUCACC